AGUUCAGUGACAAGAUUGUUCACUCUGUCGUACAUUUGAAUAGUCGAUUGCACACGGUACUUAAUUGUAGUGUACUCACCAGAACAAGAAACGAGCAAAGAAAAAUGUUCCCAGAGACCAACUUCAUAUCCUGUUUGCUGAUACUAAUCGCUACUUGUAUAACAUAUACUCCGACACAAGGGACAAGUUACGAACAAGAAUAUGCAAAGCAGAUUCUUAGCUCAGCCCAUAAAGAAAAAGAUUGGUUGGUUUCAAUAAGAAGGAAAAUCCACGAAAACCCAGAACUUAGAUUCCAAGAAUUCAACACUAGUGCCCUGAUUCGCAGUCAACUCGAGGAACUUGGUAUUUUUUACGAUUACCCUUUUGCUAAAACGGGUUUGGUCGCUCAAAUCGGGUCGGGUCUCCCACCCGUUGUUGCUCUACGAGCUGAUAUGGAUGCUCUUCCGUUGCAGGAGCUAGUGGAGUGGGAGCACAAGAGCAAAGUGGAUGGUGUAAUGCAUGGAUGCGGGCAUGAUGCUCAUACUACAAUGCUUCUUGGUGCUGCUAAGUUGCUCAAUCAAAGGAAGAACAAGUUUAAGGGAACUGUGAGACUUCUUUUUCAACCUGCCGAGGAGGGAGGUGCUGGCGCAUCCUAUAUGAUAAAGGAAGGUGCUCUUGGUGAUGCAGAAGCAAUAUUUGGGAUGCAUAUUGAUUAUGAAAAUCCAACGGGAAGUAUAGCAAGUAUUCCUGGACCAGUGCUUGCUGCAGUAUCCUUUUUUGAAGCCAAAAUAGUAGGAAAAGGUGGGCAUGCUGCAGAACCCCACAGUAGCAUCGAUCCAAUACUCGCUGCAUCUUUUGCAAUCUUGGCACUGCAACAACUCGUGUCAAGAGAAGUAGAUCCCCUUCAUAGUCAAGUGCUUUCUGUUACAUAUGUCCGAGGUGGAACGGCAUCAAAUGUAAUUCCACACUAUGUCGAACUAGGGGGCACGCUCAGGAGUCUUACAACUGAAGGGUUGCUUCGACUGCAGCAGAGGGUGAAAGAGGUUUUCGAAGGACAGGCAGCUGUGCACAAAUGUAAAGCAUAUGUUAAUAUGAAAGAAGAGGAAUUCCCUCCAUAUCCAGCUUGUGUGAAUGACGAGAGAUUACAUCGACAUGUGAAGAGGGUUGGCAGCCUUCUGCUUGAUCCCGAGAAUGUCAAGGAGGCCGCAAAGGUGAUGGCUGGCGAGGACUUUGCCUUCUACCAAGAAGUGAUUCCAGGAGCAAUGUUCAGCAUUGGGAUCAGGAAUGAGAAAGUAGGUUCCAUUCACUCUCCUCACUCCCCGCAUUUCUUUCUUGAUGAGAAUGUCCUUCCAAUCGGAGCAGCCUUACACACUGCUGUUGCAGAAUUUUACCUCAAAGGUCUUGAUCAUUCUGAUUUUACUGUAGAGAUUUAGUCGGUUGCUUCAUGUUUUAACUAUUACAAGUGUAAAAACUGUGUACGUGCAAUUCUAUCUCACACACACUUCAUUAUCAUAGGCCUGCAAUUAUCUUCUGUCCCA